AGUGGCUGCCUCGCCUUGUUGCAAUAUUAUUUCGUGGUUAGCUUUGCUCGUCUUUGGGUCUUCUCUUCCAUUCUUUACUUGUUGGCGAUAAUUCAAUUGGUCACUUGACGUCGCUUCUUGUUCCUUGUCGGCGAUAUCACAGUUCACAGAUUCAAUUUCAAAGAUGGAUUCAUCACAGAAUGCAACAGUGGGAAGUGGCGGCAAUGGCAUGUUGCCUACUCAAGUGAAUGAUACAGCAUCAGCAACAGCAGCAGAUGAUUCAAAGCAGAAUUUGAACCAGGUUAUUAACUCCAUCCAGAAGAAUCUGGGCCUCCUCCACCAGCUUUACUUAACUGUCUCUUCCUUCAACACUGCCUCCCAGCUUCCUCUUCUCCAACGCCUCAAUGGACUUGUUGUGGAGCUAGACAAUAUGGUUAAAUUGUCUGAGAAGUGCAACAUUCAAGUUCCUAUGGAGGUCCUCAAUUUGAUUGAUGAUGGGAAGAAUCCAGAUGAAUUCACGCGUGACGUUAUAAACAGCUGCAUUGCCAAAAAUCAGGUCACCAAGGGCAAAACUGAUGCGUUCAAGGGUUUGCGUAAGCAUCUUCUGGAGGAACUUGAACAGGCUUUUCCAGACGAAGUUGAAUCAUAUAGGGAGAUACGUGCAAUUUCCGCUGCUGAAUCAAAACGACUUGCUCAAGCACAGAGUUCAUUACCCAAUGGAGAUGUGAAGGUUAAGACUGAGCUUUAAGGGUCAUGUCAUUGAUAAAUCAGUGUUAGACAAGCACAUGCUGUAUAGCAAGCAAGGGAAGGUGUGCAGAAGGCUGAUGUGGACGUGCAAAGCUAUGAAGUGAUAAUUCUAAAUUCAAGCAGGCUUAUGAAGGUUUCAUGAUCGUUGUACUUUAAAUACCCUGCAAGAUUACUAGAAGAGACAAUUGGAAUUUGAAAGUAUUGAAGUUGAUAGUUCUAUGGAUUGAUGUAAGUGUUUCCACAACCGUACGCCUAUGGGAUUAACUUAUAAAUUUUAUCCAGCCGGCAAUUUUAAGACUUGA